UAACCUUGCCUAAUGCAAGCCGUAUUGAUUGCACCCCGGCUUAUGUCACCCUUGCCCUCGUUGGCUAUAAAAGCUCUUGGCCGUUUCUCCACUCGGUUUACUUGACGAACAGUCGUCGUCGGACUUGUACAACAUGCGGGCUCCUGAGUGGAUGACCAAUGAGAUGGCGCGCCUUACCUCCCGAUUGGAACGUUACAAGCCAGCGGGCAGUGGCUACAAUCGCAUCCAAUCGAUUCGGCUGUCCAAGAGCGUUAUGCAGAUGCUGAACAAUCCAAUGCCAGUGGCUCCAACUAACGCGGCCAACGCUACCACCGUAAGGACACAACAGCUGGAGAGGUCCUUCACAACGCCACACCGGCGGCGGGGUGUCCUUAGCCGCAACGAAUCGCAGUGGGAGGAGGUGUAUCCUGUCGUAAAUGUUAGUCGUCAACAGAGCAGCGAUAGUGCCAGCAGUCGGGAUAGUGAAUUCCAGUUCACACACUAUCGGAAUUGUGCCACGAGGAUUCCGUGAUUAAUUAUAUACAUAUUGGAAUAAAUUAUAUAUUUUGCAAUAUUUGUAAAUUUCUGUGUUAAGUAACUAAUAAACCAAGAUUAAAAGUC